AUGUCAUCGUCUUCCUCUCUAUCUAGGGAUAAUCUGAAGAAAGACCUCGAUCAUCUUUCCAAAACCCCUGCCAUCCUUUCGUCCAUUCUCGCCAAACCAAAUUCCACCUUCCCUCAAUCCUCUUCCCAAUCUCUUGACCCAUCUAAACCAACCCCUCCGUCCUUUUCUCAUCCAUUGAACCCGAAUGAUCACCCGGCUGUAACAAUCACCAACCGCGACCUUCAAAAGACCGCAGAGAAACCCGCCAUCGAAAUACUAGAAACCUUCUCGUUAUCCACCGCCACACCUGACCAAGGCCAACAGCUCAUCAGGGGAUAUAUCAAAGAGAUGGACAAGAUAGGGAGAUUAGAUCAGGUCUCUCAGGAAGAGUUGGGAAAGAAUAUCGACGUCCUUCGAGAACGUGCAGAGGGGAUAGAAACAGCUUUGGGUCAUGUCAAGUUGGUCUAA